GUGAGACCUUAUCUCUAAAAAAAAAAAGAAAAAAAAUUAUUUUAAAGGGACAGAGAAAGAGACUCAGAGAUUGAGACUGAGAGAGCAAGACAGAGAUAGAGAGGCACUGACAGGAGGAGAGGAAAACAGAAAGGGAGGAGAGUAAUGGAAAGAGAGAUAAAAAGAAAAGCAGAUGGCAGAGACACAGAGAGAGGGACCCAGAGAGAGCCAGAGAGACGCAGGUGGCUGGCUGCGGGCACUGCGGGGGUAACAGUAGGGGUACCUGUGAUGGCCCUGGGGACGAUGUUCAAGGCUCCUCUCCUGCUCCUGGGGCUGCUGACUGAAGGCCUGGCGCAGUUGGUGAUUCCUGCCUCCGUCCCCCGGGGCUUCUGGGCCCUGCCUGAAAACCUGGCAGUGGUGGAGGGGGCCUCGGUGGAGCUACGGUGUGGGGUCAGCACCCCUGGCAGUGCGGUGCAAUGGGCCAAAGAUGGGCUGCUCCUGGGCCCCGACCCCAGGAUCCCAGGCUUCCCGAGGUACCGCCUGGAAGGGGACCCUGCUAGAGGUGAAUUCCACCUGCACAUCGAGGCCUGUGACCUCAGCGAUGACGCAGAGUAUGAGUGCCAGGUCGGCCGCUCCGAGAUGGGGCCAGAGCUCGUGUCUCCCAGAGUGAUCCUCUCCAUCCUGGUUCCUCCCAAGCUGCUCUACUUGACCCCAGAGGCAGGCACCAUGGUCACCUGGGUAGCUGGGCAAGAGUACGUGGUCAGCUGUUUGUCUGGGGAUGCGAAGCCAGCACCUGACAUCACCAUUCUCCUGAGUGGACAGACUAUAUCUGACAUCUCUGCAAACAUGAACGAGGGCUCCCAGCAGAAGCUCUUCACUGUGGAGGCCACAGCCAGGGUGACAUCCCAGAGCUCGGAUAAUGGGCAGUUGCUGGUCUGUGAGGCGUCAAGCCCAGCACUGGAGGCCCCCAUCAAGGCCUCAUUCACCGUGAAUGUUCUGUUCCCUCCAGGACCCCCUGUCAUUGAGUGGCCAGGCUUGGAUGAGGGGCACGUGCGGGCAGGACAGAGCUUGGAGCUGCCAUGCGUGGCCCAAGGGGGGAAUCUCUUAGCCACACUGCAGUGGCUGAAGAAUGGCCAGCCGGUGUCCACAGUGUGGCACACCCAGGCCGUGGCCCGCAGUGUGCUGGUGAUGACCGUGAGGCCAGAAGACCAUGGAGCGCGGCUCAGCUGCGAGGCCCAUAACAGCGUGUCUGCAGGGACCCAGGAGCGCAGCAUCAUGCUGCAGGUCACCUUUCCCCCUAGUGCCAUUACUAUCCUGGGAUCUGCAUCCCAGGUUGAGAACAAGAACGUGACACUCUCCUGUGUCAGUAAGUCCAGUAGCCUACGGGUCCUGCUAUGAUGGUGGCUGGGCUGGCGGCAGCUGCUGCCCACGGAGGAGACGAUCAUGGAUGGACUACAUGGUGGUUACAUCUCCAUGUCCAACCUGACAUUCCUGGCGCGGCGGGAGGACAACGGUCUGACCCUCACAUGUGAGGCCUUCAGUGAAGCCUUCACCAAGGAGACCUUCAAGAAGUCGCUCACCCUGAACAUAAAAUAUCCCGCCCAGAAACUGUGGAUUGAGGGUGCCCCAGAGGGGCAGAAGCUCCGGGCUGGGACCCGGGUGAGGCUGGUGUGUUUGGCCAUCAGGGGCAACCCAGAGCCCUCCCUCACAUGGUACAAGGACUCGCGCACCGUGACUGAGUCGCGGCUGCCGCAGGAGCCGCGGCGCAUGCAGCUCGGCAACGUGGAGAAAUCUGGGAGCACUUUCUCCCGAGAGCUGGUGCUGGUCACAGGGCCGUCGGACAACCAGGCCAAGUUCACGUGCAAGGCUGGUCAGCUCAGCGCGUCCACGCAGCUGGCGGUGCAGUUUCCCCCAACUAACGUGACGAUCCUGGCCAACGCAUCCGCACUGCGCCCGGGGGACGCCUUAAACUUGACAUGCAUCAGCGUUAGCAGCAACCCGCCGGUCAACUUGUCCUGGGACAAGGAAGGCGAGAGGCUGGAGGGCUUGGCCGCCCCGCCCCGGAGAGCCCCGUUCAGAGGCUCCGCCGCGGCCAGGAGCGUCCUUCUGCAAGUGUCAUCCCGCGAUCAUGGCCAACGCGUGACCUGCCGCGCCCACAGCGCCGAGCUCCGCGAAACCGUGAGCUCCUUCUAUCGCCUCAACGUGCUGUACCGUCCAGAGUUCCUGGGGGAGCAGGUGCUGGUGGUGACCGCGGUGGAGCAGGGCGAGGCGUUGCUGCCCGUGUCCGUGUCCGCUAACCCCGCCCCCGAGGCCUUCAACUGGACCUUCCGCGGCUAUCGCCUCAGUCCAGCGGGCGGCCCCCGGCAUCACAUCCUGUCCAGCGGGGCUCUGCAUCUGUGGAAUGUGACCCGCGCGGACGACGGCCUCUAUCAGCUGCACUGCCAGAACUCUGAGGGCACAGCGGAAGCGCUGCUACGGUUGGACGUGCACUAUGCUCCCACCAUCCGUGCCCUCCAGGACCCCACUGAGGUGAACGUCGGGGGUUCUGUGGAUAUAGUCUGCACUGUUGAUGCCAAUCCCAUUCUCCCAGGCAUGUUCAGCUGGGAGAGACUGGGAGAAGAUGAGGAGGACCAGAGCCUGGAUGACAUGGAGAAGAUAUCCAAGGGACCCACGGGGCGCCUGCGGAUUCACCAGGCCAAACUGGCCCAGGCUGGUGCUUACCAGUGCAUCGUGGACAACGGGGUGGCGCCUCCAGCACGAGGGCUGGUCCGUCUUGUUGUCAGAUUUGCCCCCCAGGUGGAACACCCCACUCCCCUAACUAAGGUGGCUGCAGCUGGGGACAGCACCAGUUCUGCCACCCUCCACUGCCGUGCCCGAGGUGUCCCCAACAUCGUUUUCACUUGGACCAAAAAUGGGGUCCUUCUGGAUCUCCAAGAUCCCAGGUACACAGAGCACACAUACCACCAGGGUGGUCUCCACAGCAGCCUCCUGACCAUUGCCAACGUGUCUGCAGCCCAGGAUUACGCCCUCUUCACAUGCACAGCCACCAACCCCUUAGGCUCGGACCAAACCAACAUUCAACUCGUCAGCAUCAGCCGCCCUGACCCUCCAUCAGGAUUAAAGGUUGUGAGUCUGACCCCACACUCUGUGGAGUUGGAGUGGAAGCCUGGCUUUGAUGGGGGCCUGCCACAGAGGUUCUAUAUCAGGUAUGAGGCCCUGGGGACUCCAGGGUUCCACUAUAUGGAUGUCCUACCACCCCAGGCCACCACCUUCACACUGACUGGUCUGUAGCCUUCUACAUGAUACAAGGUCUGGCUGCUGGCCAGCAAUGCCUUGGGAGACAGUGGACUGGCUGACAAGGGGACCCAGCUUCCCAUCACUACCCCAGGUCUGGACCAGCCUUCCGGAGAACCUGAAGACCAGCUGCCCACAGAGCCGCCUGCAGGACCCUCGGGGCUGCCCCUGCUGCCUGUGCUGCUCGGUCUUGGGGGGCUUCUGCUCCUCUCCAAUGCCUCCUGUGUCGGGGGGGUCCUCUGGCAGCGGAGACUCAGGCGUCUUGCUGAGUGCAUCUCAGGGAAGACAGAGGCAGAGUCAGAGGACCGAGUCAGGAAUGAAUAUGAGGAGAGCCAGUGGACGGGAGAGCAGGACACUCGGAGCUCCACGGUCAGCACAACAGAGGCAGAGCCGUAUUACCGGUCCCUGAGGGACUUCAGCCCCCAGCUGCCCCUGACACAGGAAGAGGUGUCUUAUUCCCAAGGUUUCACAGGUGAAGAUGAGGAUAUGGCCUUCCCUGGGCACUUGUAUGAUGAGGCAGAAAGAACGUACCCCCUGUCUGGAGCCUGGGGACCCCUCUACGAUGAAGUGCAGAUGAGCCCCUGGGACCUCCGCUGGCCUGAAGAUGCAUAUCAGGAUCCAAGAGGAAUCUAUGACCGGGUGGCGGGAGACUUGGACACUCUGGAACCUGAUUCUCUGCCCUUCGAGCUGAGGGGACAUCUGGUGUGAGAGCCUUCUCAACCCUCUUGUCCUACACCUGUAGGAAUUUACACUCCACUGGUCCUUCUCAUUACAGCCUGGGCCGAGCUGGUUAGGUGAGCUCCAUAAAACGCAAAGGGACUCGGCUUUGUCAGGAGAGGACAUGGAGGGGGUUGAGUGACAGAAGAUGGUUCAGCUGGUACCAGACUAGAAACAAGGUAUAUCCUGGGGUUGGCUUUAGAAACUAAACUUCUCCAAAAGGAUAGGGCAGAUUGUAAACGGCAUCUCAAAAAUUAAAUGCUGCCAGGUGCGGUGGCUCACGCCUAUAAUCCGAGCACUUUGGAAGGCCGAGGCAG